CUAAGUUUAAAAUAUGGCGGCGAGCAUGGCGUACGUUGUAAAAGAGAAAUUUGCAGGUUAUCUUGCGAGCCUUCUUUUAAAGUGACCGGUGAGAGAAAACUUACACUGUAAUGGACAGGCCAGGCUUAGUUCACAGUCAUCCACUUCACUCCAAAAAGUGAGAGAAGUUUGCAUUCGAGAUCUGAAGCUAAUAAUUUUCAGUGAUCAGUUGUCGGAUGCUUCUCGCGGUCAUCGAAACAGCCGCUUGUGAGUUGUGACCGAAUGACCUCAGCUGACAGGGAAACAUUUUUUCGCCGGAGAGUCUUAAGCAAGUUGUUUCCUUCAGAAGAGGAAACAGAUUCAGAGAAUGAUGAGGACACGACGAAGCAAUUAUAUUCGCCUGUCGGGACGGAAAGUGAAGACUUACAUGACAUGGCCAGUAAGGGACAGAAACGGAAGCUCGGGGAGCAUGACGGUCGAAAUCUUGCUCCAAACGAUGACGUUUCGCUACAUAAUCAUGAAGAAAAAACGUCGCCGUACUCUCCACAGCUUCAUGCUGUAGAAAAACCUGUCUUAUCUUCCUCGCCAAGGUCUUUACGAGUUUCCCAAGAUCUCAGCGCAGCACAUGAAACAUUGUAUCAAUCCAGUGCUAAGGAAUGCGAAGAACAAACCGCGCGGCACACUGGAUCACAGCUCACGGCCGAAUCAACAGAACAAACUUCGAAAUUGUCCAAAAAUCAGAAACGAAAGCUAAAGAAAAAGCGGCACAAGGAACGAGUCCGUUCUAGUGGAGACAAACAAACCACUCCAGCUCCAAAAGAAUUCACGUACGAAACUGGGUAAUCAAGAUGUUUAGACAACAAACACCGGUGGGACAAGAGUGGGUGAAUAACCAUAUGGUGUACACACAUGGGGGCUCUUGCGAGAUAGUAAUGUACUACUGCCGUCGGAACAAACAUCAGACGUCUUCCCGUAGUGGUAGAUAAGAAUACAUUCGGAUUCCGCACAGUUUCUCCUUUCGGGAUCAACCGUGGGUUUGGUGAUAUAACUGUCGAUGCGUCAGUAUCCUCGUCCGAUAUUUUAGCGCCCCCCCCCCCCCACACCUCACCCCAGAAAAAAAAAACAAACUUAUUUUAUUUGUCUUCUUGACCAACCAUACGUUGACAAUAGGCGGGAACAUUGCCUGAAGUCUCCAUAUUGCUUGACGAUAAUUUACGGGCAACUGUGUAGCGUGCUUUUUUGGCGAUAGUGUGAAGUUCAGUGUAAGUGAUUUAAUCACCAACUGUCAAAAUUGUUUAUUCACAACACAACUCCUUAAUCCGUUACAUUCUUAGCACCGUAACGAGGCAACACCAUAAGGAGGCUAGCCUAUGCGCUCCGCCAUCUUGAUGCCCCAUGUGAUACGUCACGUCUUACCUCAUGUUGCGAAGCAACGGACUUACUAGAAGCCGUGGUCUCAGUUGCCCGUCUGAUAAAUGAGCUUGUCAUAUACAACCAAAUGUAAACAGUCAUUCCAAUGAGCUAACAUACUCUUGAAUUUAAGUACUGAGCUGACAGCAAGAUUCGGUUACCAGGCAUUAUUUGGCUCGUUCAUUUCUUCCACCCACAAUAACCCAGAACAGUCUCUUCUUCUGUGGAACUGUUGGCGUAUCAAGUUGGUCAGGAUUGCAAUUUUACAGUCGAACCUCUCCGCAACGGCCACCUUGGAAAGGAAAGUGGCCGUUGUCGAGAGGUGACCGUUAGGGGGAG